AUGCAAAAAAACCAGUCCUGGAACUGCCGCACCACAAACCAGGCAGGCAAAACUCUUCUACAGCACAUGGAAUCGUACAACACCUACUCAAUCUGCGCACCAGACUCUCCAACACAUCACUCUUACAAUCCAAAACACAGGCCCGAAAUACUGGACAUCGCACUUGCAACCCUUCCCUAUAGCGAACUCACCCUAACCAACCAUAACGAGCUAACCUCUGACCACAAUCCGAUUGUAAUGACCAUAAGCGACACUCCCAUAACAAUCAACCCUCCAGCAGCCAAGAAGAGGAUAAACUGGCAAAAAUUCAAACAAGUACUACUGCGUAAUUAUCCUAAAAAGAUAAUCAACUUGAAAAAUCCUCCAGAAAUUGAUAACGAGGUCCUACUCAUUACCUCAUCAAUCCAAUCAGCAAUAACGGAAUGUUCUUAUACUGCAAACCAAACCCAAGUCUCUGAGCUCUUCCCACCCAGGAUUUUACAAGAGAUCACCAUCAAACGGAACCUUAGGAAAGACUGGCAACGUACAAGAGACCCAGCAGUCAAGACUAUGCUAAAUUCUCAAAUAUCGUGCGUCAGAAACCUCCUGAAGGAACACCGCCAAUCAACAUGGGACAAAUUCUCAAGCACACUCUACUUCCAAGACCGUUCCCUUUAUAAAUUAAAUCGUCGUCUACUCCACAAAAAACCAGCAAUUGCUGCAUUUAAAUCUAUCUCUGGUCAAAAAUUCUAUGAUACCAAAUCCAAACUAGAACUAUUCGCCGACACAAUGAAAGAGCAGUUCACUCUCAACCAGGGGACCGACCUCCCAGAAGUUACAUACGCAAUUGAAGAGCUCAAUAGAAAUACAACCAAAUCAACUCUAUUCUCUUCCCCCAAGGAAAAAUGGGAAAUAAUAAAAAAUUUACCACCCGGCAAAGCUCCAGGCUACGACAACAUACCAAAUACUGCACUCAAACACCUCCCAGCCUCUGCUGUUGUUAGUUUAAAUAAUAUUUUCACCGCUUGCCUCAGGCAUUCUCAUUUUCCUAAACCAUGGAAAACUGCUUCAAUAGUUAUGAUCCCCAAACCCUACAAAGAUCACAGUUUAGCAAAUAACUAUAGGCCAAUAUCAUUACUUACUACAAUGUCCAAAGUAUUCGAGAAGGUGCUUCAAAAUCUCCUCACGAAACACAUCAAGCCGAGAGCUGAACAACAUGCGUUCAGACAUGGUCAUUCGACGACAACCCAACUUUCUAAACUCAUAGACGAUCUGGUAAUCAAUACUAACAACAACAGACACACCGCAGCCAUAUUCCUAGACAUGGAAAAAGCUUUUGACAAAGUUUGGCACGAUGGACUAAUCCACAAACUUCACACAAUGUCUACGUCCCCACACCUCUAG